GAUUAUUAAACCAUGCAUUAGUAAGCAUCAUUCUCAGCCGCCCUCGGUGCAUUUUGAGCGUGUUGCGAACCAUUUUAUUUGUUUUCAGUGUGAUAUCAAAAGAAACAUCAGCGAUUUGCGUUUUCUCCUCGGUUCAGCCCACCAACUAAAGUAACGCUGACCGAAUCCGCUAACGAUUUAAAGUAAGUGGGUCCGUUUUGCUGGGAAAUUUGGAUCUGCUGCUUAAUUGUUCAUCUUCAUCAUAUCACAGAAUCAAGAUGGCCCUAAAUGUCUUUGAUCAUGAUGAAUACAGACCACCGGUGUGGAAGUCUUACUUGUACCAGCUCCAGCAGGAGGCACCUCACCCACGCAGACUCACCUGCACCUGCGAGGUGGACAACAGACCUAAAUACUAUGGAAGAGAGUUCCACGGGAUGAUCUCAAGAGAAGAGGCCGACCAGUUACUGAGUCAGGCCGAAGGCAGCUACCUUAUUAGAGAGAGUCAGAGACAGCCGGGCACAUACACACUGGCUCUAAGGUUUGGGAACCAAACGAGAAACUUCCGUCUCUACCAUGACGGGAAGCACUUUGUUGGAGAGAAGAGGUUUGAGUCCAUCCACGACCUGGUCACAGACGGCCUCAUCACACUCUACAUUGAGACAAAGGCAGCAGAGUACAUCGCGAAGAUGACAAUAAACCCCAUCUAUGAGCAUGUGGGCUACACCACCCUGAACCAGGAGCCCACUCUGAAAAAACAUCUACCGUUCAGCCCAGAGGCCCUGGAUGGACCCGCUCCCGCCAAAGACAACCGUAAUGCAGAGGAGAGGCUCACGUCACUGGUGCGGCGGGCCACCCUGAGAGAGAGUGACUUGGUGCCCAAGUACGAGAAGGUCCACAACUUCAAGGUUCACACUUUCAGAGGCCCCCACUGGUGUGAAUAUUGUGCCAACUUCAUGUGGGGUCUCAUCGCUCAGGGAGUCAAGUGUGCAGACUGUGGGUUGAACGUCCAUAAGCAGUGCUCCAAAGUUGUCCCGAACGACUGCCAGCCGGACCUGCGGCACGUCAAGAAGGUGUACAGCUGCGAUCUGACCACUCUGGUCAAAGCCCACAAUACCAAGAGACCCAUGGUGGUCGACAUGUGCAUACAGGAACUCGAGUCAAGAGGUCUUCAGUCAGAGGGUCUGUACAGAAUAUCAGGCUUCAGUGAGCUGAUUGAAGAUGUCAAACUGGCCUUCGACAGAGAUGGAGAGAAGGCUGAUAUUUCCUCAAAUGCUUAUGAGGACAUCAACAUCAUCACCGGAGCCCUCAAACUCUACUUCAGAGAGCUGCCUAUUCCCCUCAUCACAUAUGAUGCCUACCCACGCUUCAUAGAAGCUGCAAAGAUUACAGACCCAGAAAAACGUCUGGAGUCUCUCCACGAGGCCUUGAAGCUGCUGCCGCCAGCUCACUUCGAGACGCUGCGAUACCUCAUGGCUCACCUCAAGAGAGUGACCCAGCAUGAGAAGGAGAACCUCAUGUCCAGCGAGAAUCUGGGCAUCGUCUUCGGCCCAACACUGAUGAGGGCCCCUGAGCUGGACGCCAUGACGGCGCUCAACGACAUCCGAUACCAGAGACUUGUUGUGGAAUCUCUCAUUACCAAUGAAGACGUGUUGUUCUGAGGGGUGGGCAGCGGAAAGGAGUCUUCUCGUGAGAAAAGGAAGGACAGUCAGGUUGAGAAGGUGCUUACAUGCUUUGUCCUCCUGUGAUAAGAUGGAAGAAAAAGUGACUUUUUACAAGGAAAUGAAGAAAAAACAAGCAAAAUACCUGGAGUCUUGCAGUCUUGCUAACGACGCCUAAAAAUACACUACCUGCUUUUGGGAGGAGUGGAUGAACGAUGAAGGAAACUAAUCACAAAGAAUGAAAUAAAAAUAUAUAAUUGUGACAACUAGAUGGGAGGAUACAGUGACUCCAUACAUUUUACACGUAAGAUAUUAGCAAAUCCUUAGUUAAACUCAAACGACAGACUUGAAGCUUCAAAAGAACAUACAAAAUUCGUAAUGUGGCCAUACAAAAAUGAAUUACUGGAACACUGAAUAAUUGGAAGGAAACUUUUCCAGCCUUAUUCAAUAGAAAUAAACAAUCAGAGAAAGGAAAACUUUAUAGUAGCAUUGCAUCAACACUAUGUAGGGAAAACACUGUGUGAUCCAUCUGUGUCUUCAUAUCUUCUUUCUUAAAAGGAGGCCUUGACAGUUUUUGUUUGUCAGACAAAUUUUUGGUUUCACUGUUGGGCGAGUGGUCAACUACUUGGGUUAACAUGGUUCACAUUUAGCGCAGAAUCCAAAUGAUACUGCCAGCCGCAAGCUUAUGAACAUGUGUCACCCAGUGGUCACAAAUGGUUUCAGUGAAAAAGGCAGUAAUGCUUCUGUUUAAGCCAAUGUAGUGACCGAUGUCCUCGUCAAAUUCUGGAGGUAAGAAAUUACUUUGUUUUCUGUCUGUCAAGGAAUUCCUUUGAUCCUCCUCCAGAGAAGAAGAAGCACUGACUUCAUAACAGUAGACAGCUGGAUGAAUGAAUGAAUGAAUGAAUGAAUGAAUGAAUGGAUAAAUGAAUAAAGUGAAUCACUCGUCUGUAACACGUCCUCAUUCCUCUGAAUGGAACUGAAGUGACUUGGACCUAUUCUGUUUUCAUUCCUCUUUUAAGACUCUUUACUCUACAGCUCCCUCUUCUGUUCCACCGACUGAAAAGUAAUUACACAGUAACACACUAUGUAGUUUUUUGAUCAAUGCCUACUUUAAUCUUUUUUCAUGUCAUAUUACUAUUAAGAUUUUGUUAAAGCGAUGCUUUUGUUCCGGUUUUAUUGCUAUAUGAUUACAUCCAGUAAUGGAGCUGAUGGAGCUGUAAAUUAAAUGGUUCAGCAUCUUUCUCUCACUUCUUCACCCGCUGGCUUAUGACACCUCAAACUUAGUGUCACUUGGAGGGAUGAUUUGGUAACAUUUCUGCAGUUAAUAUGAAAGUAUAUCAUUUCAUACAUCAUCCCAAAGGCAGAUGGUGAAGAGAGGGACACAUCAUAGGUGACUAGAUGCAUAAAUAUGUGAAGCAGUGCUUUAUUUUGCUUUGCUUUGUUGUUUGUAUAAAGCAGUAUUGUAAUUAAGCAGUAUUAACAGGCAGAUUUUUGUGCUCAGAAUGCUAAAUGAAAUUUGCAGUCACAUGCCUGGUCAACUUAAUUGGCAUGAGUGGGAUAAUUCAGGCCGUGCCAGAUUAUUUGAAAUUUUAACAUUCCAAAAGUUAAAGCAAAAACAAUCUCCAUAAAAAUAAAUUGCUUCCCUAUUCUGAGAUGCUGGUUGACAAUGAGGCCACAUUGUGAUUCCUCAGAGAUGUUUGGAAAGAUGAUACAUCUUCUGUCAUGUCAGUUUUGGUUACUGAUUGACUAUACCCAGUUGCCACUAAUUCUUUUCUCUGUGAAAAUGUCAGAAAAAGUAAAGGCCGUUUUAUUAUUUCUUACUUUUUUGACUGGUUUUCCUCUCAGACUUCUGAAAAAAGUGAGAUUUUACCAAAAUGCACGUUAUUGUAAUCAGAAGCUAGAUGUGUUUCUUUGCAUAUUGGCAGGUUUAUUGUCAUGUUUGGACCAGGCUCUGAUGUGAUAUGAGCAGUAUUAAUUGCGGCGCAAUGUUGCCAAUCCUCUGUGAUAUGAAGGAGUGUAUUUGUCAUGAUUUUUCUUUUCUAACUAGUGCCAUUUGAAAAAGGGUGGAUGCCUUCUGCAUGUACCCCCAGAUCAGCUAACACUCACUAAACCCCCUUUUUCUUAUUAAUUAUUAAUUUCUACCCCCAUUUCUGUCGGGGGGGGGACACUGAUUACCUUUACCUCGUGCGCUUCAUUUUUGCAAAGCAAUGAUGACCCACCUUUUCAAAGAGCAGAGACAGAGUUAGGGCUGUACAUAAAUCAAGCACCACCCAUGCUGUGUCGAUUGUGACACAAAGUGGAUGUACCAUGAAAGUAACAUCAGCAUUUUUCUAACAUCAUGAUUAUGUUUAGUUCUUUAUUUAAACUGUUUUGUCGACUUUCUGUUGUUAUUCCCCCCUGUUGAUCUAACCGUAUACUAACUACCUUCAGAUUAACCCGAUGACAACUUGUGAGCCUUCAGUGAUCUGUGACACUAGCUUUUUUUUAGCAUCAUGAAGUAUCUUUUUAUUAUUGUCAUGGCUGUAAAAUAUUUUCUAUAUGGUUUAUGCAUGGUGAAAUUAAAUUAUUAAAUAUGGCUCUCAAUUUGGCACCAGUCUGAUUUUCU